AUAAUGUUUGGUCGUUCACAUCCAGUUCAAGAAUGGCAGACAAUGUCAGAAGAAGAAAACCUUGAGAUGGAAAGACUACUCAAUGUUAUCAACAAACCUACCAUUAAGAGCUUCAAGACUGAUUAUGGGGAUAUCUUGGAUUGCAUUGACAUUUACAAACAGCAUGCUUUCGACCAUCCUUUGCUAAAGGAUCACAAAGUGCAGAUGAGACCAAAAAAUAUUCCAAAGUCGAUGAUGGAAGGCGAAUCUCCAAGGUUAUUGCCCGAGCACAUAAAAUGCCCACCAGGAUCAGUGCUCAUCAAAAGGACUACAAAGGAAGAUCUAAUUAUGGCCAACAAAUUGGAAGCUUUAGGAUUGAAUUAUCCAUCAACUUCCCAUCUCCAUCAAGCUCCAGCCAAAAGUGGCCAUGCAUUUGCCACUCUUCACUACUACAGACACAAUUUUGGAGCAAGAACAAUCAUGAACGUGUGGCGCCCAAAAACUUUAUCUGAUCAAGCUAGCUUGGCUAGUCUCUGGAUUUCAAGUGGCCCUUUAAAUAAUCUCAACGUUAUUCAAGCUGGUUGGGGAGUUGAACCACAGCUUUUCUCGAGCAACUACACCAGGCUAUAUGCUCGCUGGACAGUAGAUAAUUAUAAAGCUACAGGCUGCUUUAAUUAUCUCUGUCCAGGAUUUGUGCAAGUUCACCGUCAAAUAAGUCUUGGUCUUGUUCUAAACCAGAUUUCUGUUUACAAUGGUAAACAAAUAGACAUCGAUAUCGCCAUACUCAGGGAUGGAGAAUGGUGGCUCAAGUUAUUUAACCAAUUUAUUGGUUAUUGGCCUCAAAAACUGUUCUUUUAUAUGUAUGGUGGUGCCAAUAAUGUUAUUUGGGGAGGUCAAGUUAUCAGCCCCACAAACAAGCCUAGUCCUUCAAUGGGGAGUGGUCAUUUCCCUAAACAUGGCCUUCAAAACAAAUCUGCCUACUUCAGGCAGACGCAAAUAUGGGACAACGUCCACUUGAUUUACCCACGCUCAGACCGCCUUCAGUUAGUUUCAUCUCUUCCCGCUUGUUACGAGGCUGUGGUCACUCAUGGUGUUGCUCCUAAUUCGAUUGAUCUUUACUAUGGCGGUCCCGGCCAAUGUAAAAUUUAA